UCGUUACAAGAAAAAAAAGACCGCACUCAAAGAAGUCCGAAGGCAGCCCAACAGCCCAUCUUCCCACAGUAAAGAUGGCGGCCCCCUGAGUGUAAACUGCAGGAAGUACCACUUCCGCAUUUCUCUGGCGCCCUCGUCCAAGAUGGCGGACGAGGCUACCCGGCGUGUGGUGUCUGAGAUCCCGGUGCUGAAGACUAACGCCGGACCUCGAGAUCGUGAGUUGUGGGUGCAGCGACUCAAAGAGGAAUAUCAGUCUCUUAUCCGGUACGUGGAGAACAACAAGAAUGCCGACAAUGAUUGGUUCCGACUGGAGUCCAACAAGGAAGGGACUCGGUGGUUUGGAAAAUGCUGGUACAUCCAUGACCUGCUCAAAUAUGAGUUUGACAUUGAGUUUGACAUUCCUAUCACAUACCCCACUACUGCUCCAGAAAUUGCAGUCCCUGAACUGGAUGGAAAAACAGCAAAGAUGUACAGGGGUGGCAAAAUAUGCCUGACUGAUCACUUUAAGCCUUUGUGGGCCAGGAACGUGCCCAAGUUUGGACUAGCUCAUCUCAUGGCUCUGGGGCUGGGUCCAUGGCUGGCAGUGGAAAUCCCCGAUCUGAUUCAGAAGGGCGUGAUUCAGCAUAAAGAGAAAGGCAACCCAUGAAGGAUCAAGCCACUGAGGCAGGACAGAGGGACCUUUGACGGGCUAUGUUCUGUUCCUGUUUCUGUGCCUCACUCCUACUCAUCCGCCUGCUUCCCCCCCAAGCCCCUCCACCCAUAAUUGUUACUAAGUAGCCGCAUCAGGCAUUGCUGAAAAAAAUAAACAACACCAUCGCCACUGAAUUUCUAAGGCUACACAGGGAGGGGAAAGACGGGGGCUUUGGAAAACCAAGGCAAUUCAUAUCCCUUCCCCAGGUGGAACAAUGUGAGAUCCAGGAAGGAUGGGAAGCAGGCUGGAAAGUGGGUGCAUAGUCUUUUUGGUCUCUGGAGAUAACUCAUCAAUAAAAGCUGCUUCCUCUGA